AGGAGAGCUCUCGGAAAAGUUCAGUUCAAAUUUAUAUUCGAAACCAAACGGAUCUCUCUUACAAUUCCUAGUGUAGAAAAUACUUUUUACUAGUAAUAUUAUUUUUUUUUUGUUUGUUUUACAUUCAAAAUAUUUACAACGAAAUCCCAAGCCGAGUCUCGUCGCGAAUUGUGUCAAGUGUUUCGUGCCGAUUAGUCGUUUCUAGUGUUGAAAAUUAUGGAAGCCAAACGCGGUAAUAAUGCCUCGGCCACACGCCAUGCCACUCACGCAUCUCGGACUAGUGUUGCCUCACGCCAUGGCCAGCAGCCCGCAGGUGCAGGAGGACAAGGAGCCACCAUGUCACGCAAGCAUGUCAGCGAGGCCAGCCUGACGCCCAGCCAGGCCAGACGGGAUACCGAUAACCCUCGCAAGAGUCCGUUGGAUGCUCUGAGCCGGGCCGGCGUGGUUCGCCAGCAGGACCCCUUCCAACGUCGCUCGGGUCUGCAGGAUGUGGACGAAGCCUUCCUGGCCACGAACGCCUUUGCCCGACCAUCGCGCGUGCGUCACUCUGGACUAGAUGGUUGGACUGAUGCCGGCGCUGCCGUUCCAGCAGCUGCACCUGCUGCCAUGGCCCCCAUCCGCGUGACUGGCGGACAGGACCAGGCUCAGGUGGUGUACCAACAACAGACGCAGUCGCAACAGGGCAUGCCUUUGCAGGCGGCCGCUGGCACACAGGAUCAGCAGCAGAUGCCGCCGACGCUGCAACAAACGCCGCCGGUGGCUGCUGUGCCCUCUCUGCAGCAGUUCAAUCAGCCGGCCGCUGGCCAGCCCACUCGCCACGAACCGUAUCCCACUGGACGGGCCCAUGUCCACCAUAAUCAGCAACAGCAGCAGCAGCAGGUUGCCUACGAUCAGCAGCAACAUCAACAGCAAAUUGCCCAGCAGGAGACCCAGGCCAUUGGCCAAUCCCAGUCACAGGGACAACUGUCGCCACGCAAAUAUCAACAGCAGCCGCAGACGCAGGGCUUCCCUAAUCAGCCCAAUGUCGGUGGCGGAGAACGCGCUGCGGCUGGCGGACCUGGCAGCGGAGGUCAACAGCAACAGCAGCAACAACAGCAGCAGCAGCAGCAUGUUGGCGGCGGAGCCGCCCCGCCUCCCGAAGCCGAGAUGUGCACCACGUGCCCCAACUGCCAGACCACCAUCUACUUGGUGCGCUCCGCCGAAAUGGGACAUGGCGACAAUUCUCUGCCCACACAAUAGAUGCAAAGCAUCAAAAGACUAAAUUUCCAGUAGAACCAAAUCACCCAUACAAUCAGUUUCGAAAGAAAAUGAAUUCCAGUAGCCCCCGAAGGAGUAACCUAGUGUCGGACCACGUUCUCUGGGCCAAAUUCUCUGUAAUCCAAAAUUUUCCUUGCAAGUGUUUUGUUUUUUUUUUUCUGGCUCGUUAGUGUCGUGAGAAUGUUUAUAUUUAUU